CUGUCACCUUAUAAUAUUCAUGAGCUCAGACACUAUAAAAAUGGUCUCGAAGUGGUAACAGCGCAACAUAGCCAGUCGCAACCACCAGGCAAACAUGAAGAUCAUUCUAGUAUUGGCGUGCUUAGUCGUCGCCUGUGCUGCAUUGGCCAAGCGACCAUGCUGGGGGAAAAAUUGUAAAUACGGAGGUUAUGGAGUAGGCUAUGGAGGAGGCAUGAUGUCUGGCAGCUAUUACAACGGCUAUGGACGUGGCUACGGCGGUGGUUAUGGAAAUGGUUACUACGGAAAUGGCGGCUACGGAGGUGGUUAUGUAAAUGGUUACUACGGAAAUGGCGGCUACGGAGGUGGUUAUAGAGGUAGUUAUGGAAAUGGAUACUACGGAGGUAAAGGCUACGGCGGAGGCAUGAUGUCUGGCAGCUAUUACAACGGCUAUGGAGGUGGCUACGGCGGCGGCCGAUAUGGAGGAAAAUACCCAUGUUGGGGUAAAUCAUGCGGCUACGGAGGUGGUUAUGGAAAUGGUUAUUACGGAAAUGGCGGCUACGGAGGUGGUUAUGGAAAUGGUUACUACGGAAAUGGCGGCUACGGAGGUGGUUAUGGAAAUGGAUACUACGGAGGUAAAGGCUAUGGAGGAGGCAUGAUGUUUGGCAGCUAUUACAACGGCUAUGGAGGUGGCUACGGCGGCGGCCGCUAUGGAGGAAAAUACCCAUGUUGGGGUAAAUCAUGCGGCUACGGAGGUGGUUAUGGACGCCGCUAUGGCUACGGCGGAUACAGAGGCGGUUAUGGUGGAGCGUACGGCGGCAGAUAUGGCUAUCGUCGUUAUGGAAAGAAAUACUAAACAGCCCUCAGGAGAUUCCAUUCUGUAUAAAUUUCGACUGGACCGAAUUGAAAUACUAAUUGUUGUUAUAUUGUUUAUCUAUUUGUCGUAAUAAACUGUUUCUGCACAUA